AUGGCUGUGAGAUUUUGUCAGCUAGCGCGAGCUAUGCUCGGUGGUUCUCUACGCGGUAGAAAUGAAGAGACCUGUAGAAGAACUAAUAUCACCGACAUAGCGAUAAGUGACGUUUUAGAUAAAUGGCCGAUGGCGCAAAAACGUCCUGGAAUGGAGGCAGAGGACUAUGAGGAGAACGAGACAAAGAAUUGGACCGCCUCCCACUAG